AUUUUAUAAGAUCCCCUUUUUUUUGAUUAUUUUUCUUUCUUUCUCUCAAUAAACAAAGAUGAAGAAGGCCAAUUUCCAGCCUAAAGAUGCCCGAGCAAUGAGCGUGUACCGCGAAGAUGACUUGGAUAUGGAUGAUUUCUUACAAGUAAGCAAAGGAAAGCAAACAGCUACACAAGCGCUCGUAGAAUUUCUUAAGACCAGCCCAGAAGAAUUUCAACGAGGUGUUCCUACGGAACGAUCCAGUCAUAAUAUCUUCUCCCGAAUUCGAAAGCCCAAGAGACCAUCGCAACCGCCGCCCGUACCUACACCUUCUGUCUCGACACGAUCCAUUCCUUCCAGCACUAUUUCUUUACCGGUCACCUCUUCCUCUUCUACGCUAACCAACCCAACAUCAUAUCAUGGCAGUGAAGGACAGAGAAGGAAAAAUUACGUCGUCGACCUCAUUUCGGUCUCUAAAAGUGCUGGCAAUAGUCGAUCUCCUUCUUUUGAAACCAGUUUUGUGUCACGUACAACCAAGGGUGAACCCAUUUUACCUAACAAGAAAAGAGAAUCCAGUCUAUACAGUGGCUCACUGCAUCAUUCCGUUUCCAUCAAAAGUCAACUAAGUAAUGCAGCAGGUACACGUAAAGUAUUAAAAAAUCCGGAGCCGUCUCUAAAAUCUGAUGAGAUGGACACCAUCCAAGCUGCUUUAUUACAACGUUUGGAACGCAUGAAAGUGUCGCAGAUAGAAAUACCCAGUGAUCAGAUAGCUGCUGGUUUAGCUACUGAACAUGUACGCGCCUUGGGUAUCACACAUGCCUUGGAUAAUGAACAUGUGCGUGAUCACACUAAACGGAAAGUGAGACACAUGCAAGUCCAAACAGAAAAGCCAAACACUCAUAUCACACAGCCACCUAUUGUCAAAGCAGAAGCAUCAUCAGCAGCACCAGUGGCAUCAAUACAGGCACAGUCACAAGCAGAGACACAGGAUAACGACUUUGAACAACGAGCUAAACGUGCAGAAGCCGCUCUUGAAAAUGCGCUGGAUCAUUUUGAGGUGAUUAGUGGACUGGCGUAUAAAAAAUUGCGUGAGGUGUGGGAAGAAAAGAUGAGAUGGGAAAAUGCAUGUAUGGAUCUACGAGAUCGUUUGGUCUCUAUGGAACAGCAACAGAAAAAAUAUCCUUUUCAACCAUCACAAAAUGAUUAUUUCGCGGAAGAAAAUGAAGAUGAGUUAGGACUUUCUGAAUUUCCAUGCAGUGAACCACAUUAAAAAUGAAUAAAAAAUAUAUGUA